AUGGACGCAAUGCGCUCAAUGGAAAAGUUGAAAUCGUGUGAAACAGCAGUAAUAUCUAAUGGUAGUGAACGGCGAAGACGUAUGUUACAAGAUUAUUUACUUAUUUGGUUAGACGAGCACAUGGAUGAAACAAAGCAAGAUUACAAAAACACUUUGAAACAAAUACAAACCAUUACUGAUAAUGUUGAUGCCUUUAAACACAGAGACGAAUGCAUCGACUUCCUUAGUGAUGCUCAAGACAUCAAGUCUUUUCUCAUUCUCAAGGAUACUAUAGCUCAACAAAUAAUGCCGCUCAUCAAUGAUAUUCCACAGCUGAAUGGUGUUUAUAUCCUCAGUGAUAUUGAACCCCUACAUGAAGAAUGGACAGAAAAAUGGCAAAAAAUUAAGAGCAUUCAUACCAAUAUCAAUGACCUAUGUCAACCAUUGCAAUUGGAUAUCAAACACUGCAACCAAGACCUGAUUGCUGUGAGUUUUGUUACGGUAAAUGAAAUGUGUUCGACUAAUAAUCUGAAUCAGCUGGAACCAACAUUUAUGUACACUCAAAUAUUCAAAGAUAUUCUUCUUGAUAUGGAACAUAGUAAACAGGCCAUCACAGACUUUACUAUGUACUGCCGACAGAAUAAUUGUGGAUCGCUAGUCAAUAUUGAUCGAUUUGAAAAAGAAUACCAUACUCAAUCACCUGUUUGGUGGUAUACUCGCCCAACAUUUCUCUAUUCUAUGCUCAACCAUGCUCUUCGCUUGAUGGAGGGCGAUACCAUUAUUAAUAUGGGUUUUUUUAUUCAUGAUUUGCAUCAACAAAUUCAAAAACUACAUCAACAACAACUUGGUAGUUAUCAUGAUAAAUCAUUCAUAGUCUACCGAGGACAAGGUCUAUCCAAAAUAAAUUUCGAAAAACUCCAAAAAACAAAAGGUGGUUUAAUGUCUUUCAAUAACUUUUUAUCCACCAGCAAAGCACGACAGAUCUCUCUCGAAUAUGCCUAUGCUGCAUCGCAAAUUACGGACAUGGUGGGCAUUUUAUUUAUAAUGUCCAUCGAUCUCAAUGUAAAAUCAGUGCCAUUCGCCUCUAUUAGUGAUGCAAGUUAUUUUCAACAAGAAGACGAGCUUCUCUUUUCAAUGCAUGCUGUUUUCCGAGUGGGUACUAUUCAACAAAUGUCCGAUAACAGUCAACUAUAUCAAGUUGAGCUACAACUUACAUCAGAUGAUGAUCAACAACUACGAGUGCUUACUGAUCGAAUACGAGAAGACGCUAAUGAUGAUGGUGGAUGGGAGAAACUGGGUAACUUAUUGCUUAAAAUUGGUCAAUUUAAUAAGGCUGAAGAGCUUUAUAAUGUGUUGCUAGAACAGACAUCUGGUGAUGGUGACAAAAUGCAUUAUUAUAACCAGCUUGGAUUAGUACAUUUGAAUCAAGGUGCCUAUAGAAAGGCUAUUUGGUAUUACGAACAAGAACUUGAACUUCGAGAAAGAACUCUCCCUUCAAAUCAUCUUGGUUUAGCUACUUCAUAUAGCAACAUCGGUUUGGUGUAUAAAAACAUGGGAGAGUACUCGGAAGCACUUUCACUUUACGAAAAAUCACUUGCAAUUCGGGAAGAAACACUUCCUUCAAAUCAUCCUUCAUUGGCUAGUUCAUACAGCAACAUCGGUUUGGUGUAUAAAAACAUGGGAGAGUACUUGAAAGCGCUUUCGUUUUACGAAAAAUCACUUGAAAUUCGGGAAAAAACACUUCUUUCAAAUCAUCCUGAUUUGGCUAAUUCAUACAACAACAUCGGUAGUAUAUAUCAUGCCAUGGGACAGUACUCGAAAGCACUUUCAUAUUACGAAAAAUCACUUGUAAUACGAGAAAAAACACUUCCUUCAAAUCAUCCUGAUUUGGCUAUUUCAUACAACAAUAUCGGUGUUAUGUAUGGCGACAUGGGAAAGUACUCGAAAGCACUUCCACUUCACAAAAAAUCGCUUGAACUUCAAGAAAAAACUCUUCCUUCAAAUCAUCCUUAUUUAGCUAUUUCAUAUAACAACAUCGGUCUCGUGUAUUACAACAUGAGAGAGUACUCAAAAGCACUUUCAUUUUACACAAAAGACCGUGAAAUUCUUGAGAAUACUCUUCCUACAAAUCAUCCUGAUUUGGCUACUUCAUAUGGGAACACUGGUUUGGUGUAUAACGACAUGGGGCAGUACUCGAAAGCACUCUCAUUUCACGCAAAAUCACUUGAACUUCGAGGAAAAACUCUUCCUUCAAAUCAUCCUCAUUUGGCUACUUCAUACAAUAACAUUGGUUUAGUGUAUCAUAACACGGGAGAAUAUUCGAGCGCACUUUUAUUUUACGAAAAAGCCCUUGAACUUCAAGAAAAAACUCUUCCUUCAAAUCAUCCGUCACUGGCUGCUUCACACAAUAACAUCGGUUGCGUGUAUAACAACAUGGGACAGUACUCGAAAGCACUUUCAUCUCACGAAAAAUCACUUGAUAUUCAACAAAAAACACUUCCUUCAAAUCAUCCUUUAUUUGCUACCUCAUACAUCAACACUGGCACUGUAUAUCGCCAGAUGGGAGAGUACUUGACAGCAGUUUCAUUUUACGAAAAAGCACUUGAAAUCUAUGAAAUAACUCUUCCUUCAAAUCAUUUUGAUUUCGCUACUUCAUACAACAACAUCGGAUUGGUGUAUAACAACAUGGGAGAGUACUCGAAAGCACUUUCAUUUUACGAAAAAUCACUUGCAAUUCGGAAAAAAACACUUCCUUCAAAUCAUUCUGAUUUGGUUGGUUCAUAUAACAACAUCGGUUCAGUAUGUAAUCACAUGGGAGAGUACUCGAAAGCUCUUUCAUUUUACGAAAAAUCACUUGAAAUCUAUGAAAUAACUCUUCCUUCAAAGCAUCCCUCAUUAGCUACUUUAUACGACAAUAUCGGUCUGGUGUAUAACAACAUGGAAGAGUACCCGAAAGCACUUUCAUUUUAUCAGCGUGCUCUAGACAUCAAUCAACGUAGAUUACCUCCCACACAUCCUAGUAUUAAAGACGUGCAAGAGUGUAUUGAAAUUGUUAAAAAGAAAUUGUAA